AUGGAAGUUUCAACAGAAGACAACAUUAUUCGUGAGCGACUUAUUCAAUUGAAUAAUACACUCUCUCAACUCAAUAUAACUGAACAUUCUCCUGAAGUUAUUCGUAUGUUUGAUGAACUUGUCACAUUUUGUUCUUCAAAUGAAAUCUCUUCAUCAAUAUUGAAUCAUAUGCUUGAACGAGACACCGACCUAGCAACAGCAUGUGAAAACUUGUGCCGUUUAUUUGCUUUUCACGGAUUUUCUGUUGAACUAAAAUCUGCAAGGAUAUGCGCUGCUGAUAAAAAUCAAAACAUAAACGACUAUUUCAAACAUCGUCACAGUUAUGAAGAGUUAAUUCAGUUUGAAAUGAACAUAUUACAAGAAUUUGGUGUUCAUCUAGCUAAAAGUCCAACAAUAAAUGACGAAAGUGAUCUGUUAGUUACAAAAGUAGCUUUUAUUGGAUCCGGUCCUAUACCAACUUCUUCAAUGAUCAUUCUUAGUGAUCACGGACCAUUUGUAGAUAUUUACAAUAUUGAUAUGUGUGAAGAAGCAAAUCAAUUAGCAUCAGUUAUAAGUGAACAAGUGUUACCUCCGCACCUUUCUAAACGUAUGCAUUUUAUUACUCAAGAUAUUAGUCAAAAUCCAUUAUGUGACAAUGUCAAAUCGAUUUUAAAUCAAUGUCAACUUAUUUAUCUUGCUGCAUAUGUUGGUAUGACUGAAUUAGAAAAAUUAGAAAUACUUCGAAAUAUUGUUAAUCAAUCGACUGAUGAAUUCAGUCCGAAAACAAAGCAAUAUUUUGUUAUCCGAACUGCAGAAGGAUUAUACCAAAUUCUUUUUCCAAAAGUUAAAGCAGAAAAAAUUGCAAUGCUACAAGCGACUACCAGUGACAAUAAUCAACAAAUUAAGAAGAAAUUUCUUUUUCAAGUCAAAUCAGCUCAUCUCUCAUUAAAAGAGUACGGUAUGGUCACGAUUAUUGCUGAAAGUAUUUGA